UUUGGCUCCUCGCAGCCCAUCACAAGCGGGUCACAGUGGCUCGAUUUGAUUGACAGCCCUCCCUCCCCCGUGGGCCCACUAUAAGAGGCAGGAGGAGUGGCUCUGUCCUCCAGUCUGUGGAUGUAGUCACUAGGAGUGGGAUCUCCUGCUCCGGUACUGGAGGUGCCGUUGUUAUAUCGCCUAAACUUUUCUUUUUCAACAUCAUUGCUGGAUUUACUCAUUUUUAGGCAAAAUGAUACUCAGAUACUUGCUCCCAUCACUCCUCUUCCUCCACGCGCUCGCUCAAGAUGGCGAGCAGGAGGACGACACCUCCUUCGACUUGUUCGAAGUUAGUCACAUCAGCCGCAGGACGCUGGGGGCUAAGCAAUUCCGUGGCCAGAAUUCUGAUGCCCCCGCAUACCGCUUCAUCCGUUUCGACCACCUGCCCCCAGUGAGCCCCGCCAUCCUCGGGCAAAUAAUGCGACAGAUCCAACACAACGAGGGCUUCGUGUUCGUGGCCAGCAUCCGCCAGGAUCGCAGCUCUCGGGGCACCCUGCUGGGCUUCGAGGAUGCCGAGGGACGGCGCCAGUUUGAAAUCGUGUCCAAUGGACGCGCAAACUCCCUGGACCUGGUCUACUGGCUGGAAGGGGCUCAAAACAUCGUUUCGUUCGAGGACGUGGACCUGUCUGACUCCCAGUGGAAGAAUCUGACCCUGCAGGUCCACGGAGAGAAUGCCAACCUGUACGUGGGUUGCAGCCUGGUGGACAGCGUCAUCCUGGACGAGCCUUUCUAUGAGCACCUGCAGGCCGAGGGUAGCCGCAUGUAUGUGGCCAAGGGAUCCAUCCGGGAGAACCACUUCAGGGGUCUCCUACAGAAUGUGCGCUUCAUCUUUGAUACCACAAUUGAGGACAUCCUGCUGAGUCGAGGCUGUGACGUCUCUAAGCAAGAUGAUGCCAACAUUGUAAGCGAGAGCUCAGAGAUUGUGGAUGUGAGUCCUUCCAUCACCACCAACAUCAUUGGGCAGAAAAGAGGUGACGUGGGCUCUGAGAUGUGCGACCGUUCCUGCGAGGAGCUGAGCACUAUGUUUCAGGAGCUCAAUGGUCUCAGAGUGGUUGUCAGUAAUCUUAUUGACGGCCUGCAAAAAGUGACGGAGGAGAACACCGUUAUGAAGGAGGCCCUCGGAAAGAUGAAAAACACCAAGGAGAAGAACAUGUGCUGGCAGGAUGGCCGACUUUUCGACGACAAGGAAGACUGGGUUGUCGACAGCUGCACCAAAUGUACCUGCCAGGAGUCCAAGGUAGUGUGUCACCAAAUUACCUGCCCCGCAGUGGCCUGUGCCAGCCCUACAUUCGUCGAUGGCGAGUGUUGUCCUGUGUGUCUGCCAAAAGGCAGCGACCAUGGCUGGUCCCCGUGGUCUGAGUGGACAGAGUGCACAGUCACCUGCGGGACUGGAACUCAACAGAGGGGACGGUCAUGUGACGCAACCAGUAACCCCUGCACAGGACCUUCGAUACAAACUCGCAAGUGCAGCCCAGGAAGAUGUGACAGUCGCGUUCGCCAGGAUGGUGGAUGGAGCUUGUGGUCACCUUGGUCAUCCUGCUCGGUGACAUGUGGAGAGGGCCAGAUUACCAGGAUACGCCACUGCAAUGCCCCCAUGCCUCAGCUGGGGGGCAAAGACUGCGAAGGGAACGGCAGAGAAACUCAGCGCUGUACUGCAGAGCCGUGUCCGAUCGAUGGAGGUUGGGGGCCUUGGUCUCCAUGGGCAACCUGCUCAGCAUCAUGCGGUGGUGGGAUCAAAAGUCGCAAGCGGGAAUGCAACAGCCCUCAUCCUCAGUAUGGUGGCAGGAAGUGUAUCGGAGAGGUCAAUGACAGGGACAGCUGCAAUAAAAAAGAUUGUCCCGUUGAUGGCUGCUUAUCUAACCCCUGCUUUGGGGGGGUGGACUGCACCAGUUCUCCAGAUGGCUCCUGGGAGUGUGGGCCAUGCCCAGAUGGUUACCGUGGUAAUGGGACCAACUGUGAGGAUAUCAAUGAGUGUGACAUGGUGUCUGACAUCUGCUUCAACGCGGGUGGAUUGCAGCGAUGCGUCAACACCGAUCCAGGUUUCCACUGCCUGCCCUGCCCUAAACGCUACAAGGGCACACAACCUUUCGGGAUGGGCGUGGAGGAGGCUAAGAAGAACAAGCAGGUGUGCGAGCCAGAGAAUCCCUGCAAGGACAAGACACACAACUGUCAUAGAUCUGCUGAAUGUAUUUACCUCAGCCAUUUCAGUGAUCCAAUGUUCAAGUGUGAGUGUCGUACCGGUUAUGCUGGUGAUGGCUAUAUCUGCGGGGAGGACUCUGACCUCGAUGGCUGGCCCAAUCAGAACCUUGUUUGUGGAGCCAAUGCCACCUACCAUUGCAAGAAGGAUAACUGCCCCAGCCUACCCAACUCUGGACAAGAAGACUUUGACAAAGAUGGCCAAGGAGACGCUUGUGAUAAAGACGAUGACAAUGAUGGAAUCUUGGAUGAAAGGGACAACUGCGCCCUGCUUUACAACCCUCGGCAGUUUGACUUUGACAAGGAUGAAGUAGGAGACCGUUGUGAUAACUGCCCUUAUGAGCACAAUCCUAACCAGAUUGACACGGACCACAACGGGGAAGGAGAUGCCUGUGCUAUUGACAUUGAUGGAGAUGAAAUCCUCAAUGAGAAUGACAACUGCCCUCUCGUUUACAAUACGGACCAGAAGGACACAGACAUGGAUGGAGUUGGCGACCAGUGUGAUAAUUGUCCCCUACUGCACAAUCCUCUGCAGAUGGACAUAGACAACGACUUGGUUGGAGAUCAGUGUGACAACAACCAGGAUAUCGACGAAGACGGCCAUCAGAAUAACCAGGACAACUGUCCGUACGUGGCCAACGCCAACCAGGCUGACCACGACAAGGACGGCAAAGGAGAUGCAUGUGACUUUGAUGAUGAUGAUGACGGAGUGCCCGAUGACAAGGACAACUGCAGACUGACCCCCAACGCAGACCAACUGGACUCUGAUGGUGAUGGAAGAGGUGAUGCUUGCAAAGAUGACUUUGACAAUGACAAUAUCCCAGAUAUCCUCGACGUGUGUCCGGAGAACAGCGCCAUCAGCAGCACAGACUUCAGGAAGUUCCAGAUGGUCCACUUGGACCCGAAGGGAACCACUCAAAUCGAUCCCAACUGGGUGGUGAGGCACCAGGGCAAAGAGUUAGUGCAGACUGCCAACUCUGACCCAGGCAUUGCCGUAGGCUUCGAUGAGUUCAGUGCUGUGGACUUCAGUGGCACAAUGUACGUCAACACAGACAGGGACGAUGACUAUGCAGGCUUCGUUUUUGGCUACCAGUCGAGCGGGCGCUUCUAUGUGGUAAUGUGGAAGCAGAUCACGCAAACUUACUGGGAGGACAAGCCCUCCAAGGCCUUCGGCAUUUCUGGCGUGUCACUCAAAGUGGUCAACUCCACCACCGGCAGUGGAGAACACCUCAGGAAUGCUUUGUGGCACACGGGCAACACUCCUGGAGAGGUACGCACUCUGUGGCAUGACCCCAAAAAUAUUGGAUGGAAAGAUUACACAGCUUACAGAUGGCACCUCAUCCAUAGACCGAAAACUGGUUUCAUCAGAGUUGUUGUAUACGAGGGUAAGCAAAUCAUGGCUGACUCGGGACCAGUUUAUGACAAGACGUUUGCUGGCGGAAGGUUAGGAUUGUUCGUCUUCUCCCAAGAGCUGGUCUUCUUCUCGGACCUCAAAUAUGAGUGCAGAGAUGAGCUGGACUUGCCGACAAGGUUGACAAGGUAACUUCGUGUGUGUUACGUGUUGUGGCAAAAUAUUCCAAAGAUAAUGUCAUGCUCUAUUUUGUGCUUGUCAGCUUUUUUUGUGUACAAUGCACCAGAUGCAUUGUGGAAGACCUUGAGUAUGCGUGCGCGCGCCUGUGUUUGCACAUAAUGUGUGUUUCAAGGACUUCCAACUUUCUGUCCAGCAUUGAAAUGUGGAAAAGCCUGCAGACCUCUUGCAAUCAUUCAUGAUGCCCAUGCACACGUUUGUUGCAGCGCUUUUGACUCUGAUGCUCUCACCACGGUGUCUUGAUUACAAACAAGUAAUAGCCAUUAUUUCCUCCAUGUUUCCGCAGAUAACUGAAUCAAGUUGGCGAGCGCGGGGGGGGGGGGGA